GUCUGAAAUCGGUCUGGUCCGGAUUUGAGCCAUGCUGGCACUGGCCGUAGCGAAAGAGACCCCAGAACACAGACAUUACGAAGGCGAAACCCCCAGAAGCGACACCUGCCAUGGCGCAGUUCUGGAAGCCCGGCGCCGAGAAGCCUCAGCUGCUCGACGACGAAGAGGGCGGCGUCCUCUUCGUCUUCUCUUCUGCCUUCUCCUCUUCUUCUUCUGGAUAUGGCUAUGCCAGCAUUGAGAAGCAGAGGCAGAGGCUGCCCGUGUACAAGUACAGAACGGCAAUUCUGUAUUUGGUGGAGACUCAUGCCACUACCAUCAUCGUUGGGGAGACGGGCAGCGGUAAAACCACCCAAAUUCCUCAGUACCUUAAAGAAGCAGGUUGGGCUGAUGGUGGACUCGUAAUAGCUUGCACUCAACCUAGACGGCUAGCUGUCCAGGCAGUUGCUUCAAGAGUUGCAGAAGAAAUGGGAGUCAAGCUUGGAGAGGAAGUUGGCUACACGAUACGGUUUGAAGAUGUUACUGAUACAGACAAAACCAGGAUUAAGUUCCUCACUGAUGGGGUACUGCUGAGAGAAAUGAUGGAUGAUCCCCUAUUGACAAAAUACAGUGUCAUAAUGAUAGAUGAGGCUCACGAAAGGUCUAUUUCUACAGAUAUUUUACUUGGUCUUCUGAAGAAGAUCCAAAAGCGUCGGCCUGAGCUCCGCCUUAUCAUAGCCUCGGCCACAAUUGAAGCAAAAGCUAUGUCUGCUUUCUUCCAGACCAGAAGGCGUCGGGCUGUGGAAUCUGUGGAGCCUCCACUAAGUAUGGAGCCUGCAAUUCUAUCUGUUGAGGGCAGAGGGUUCAACGUGCAAAUUCAUUAUGUCGAGGAGCCUGUCUCUGACUAUGUGCAGGCUGCUAUUUCAACAGUACAGCUGAUUCAUGACAAGGAGCCAUAUGGUGACAUUUUGGUGUUCCUUACGGGGCAAGAUGAUAUUGAUGCAGCUGUUAAGUUAAUUAAUGAGGAAGCUCGAAAUGGUGGAAAAAACUCUUCCGGAUUGUUUGCUUUGCCUUUGUAUUCUGGACUUUCACGUGCUGAACAGGAACUCAUCUUCUCUCCCACUCCACGGGGAAAGAGAAAAGUAGUGGUAUCGACAAAUAUCGCAGAGACAUCAUUGACUCUGGAGGGUAUUGUCUAUGUUGUCGAUAGUGGGUUUUCCAAACAACGGUUUUACAAUCCGAUCACAGAUAUUGAGAACCUUAUUGUCGCACCAAUAUCUAAAGCCUCUGCCCGCCAGAGGGCUGGUAGGGCUGGAAGAGUACGACCAGGCAAAUGUUACAGAUUAUAUACAGAAGAGUAUUUUCUCAACGAAAUGAGCGCUGAGGGGAUACCUGAGAUUCAGAGAUCAAACCUUGUGUCUUGUGUGAUUCAGUUGAAAGCCUUGGGCAUAGAUAAUAUAUUGGGCUUUGAUUGGCUGGCUUCUCCAUCCCCAGAGGCAAUGAUUAGGGCACUCGAAGUGCUAUAUUCACUUGGGGUACUUGAUGAUGAUGCCAAACUUACUUCACCCGUUGGUUUUCAGGUCGCAGAGAUACCAUUGGAUCCGAUGAUAUCAAAAAUGAUCUUAGCAUCAAAUCAACUCAGCUGUUCUGAGGAGGUUCUCACUAUUGCUGCUGUUCUUUCAAUUCAAUCUAUUUGGUUUAUUGAGAGAGGAAUACAAAAGGAAAUGGAUGAGGCGAAGUUAAGAUUUGCUGCUGCUGAGGGUGAUCAUGUGACAUUCCUGAACGUUUAUAAGGGAUUUCUUCGAUCGGGCAAAUCUUCAAAGUGGUGUUAUAAGAACUACAUUAACUACCAUUCCAUGAAAACAGUCGUCGAGAUUAGAGAGCAACUCCGAAGAAUUGCUCAGAGAUUAGGCAUUGUUUUGAAAUCUUGUGAUAGAGACAUGCAGGCUGUUAGAAAGGCAGUAACUGCUGGGUUCUUUGCAAAUGCUUGUCGAAUAGAACCAUACAGUCACAACGGAAUGUACAAGACAGUGAGAACUUCCCAGGAAGUAUACAUUCACCCGUCUUCGGUUUUGUUCAGGGUUAACCCGAAGUGGGUGGUGUAUCAGUCAAUUGUCUCGACCGAUCGACAGUACAUGCGGAAUGUGAUCUCGAUUGAUCCCUCAUCAUUGACUGAGGUGGCCCCUCAUUUCUACAGGCAGCAAGGACCAAUCUUUUGAUCCACUGAUUAAUUUCUGCCAGAUGAUUACGCUGUUUCUAAUACCUCUCUAGAUAACUGAGGAAAUAGAGGACUCCGACUUCAAAUCAGCAUCCGGUUUCAAUCUUCAGGUCCCAUAACUUCUCUGUCUAGCAUAAACCAUCAAACCAAGACGGUGAUUGGCCUCUUAGAUCGCUCGAGUUUUACAUAGGUGCAGUUGACUGCCUUUAGUUUUAGAUUUACACUAUCUAUCCGUUGCGAUGAGGUCUUUGUAGCGCGGCAACUUUGACUAUUGGGGUAACUUGACCAGUUCAUUGGAUAGUACCUUUUUUUUUGGGCCCAAACCUUCCAGUCAUCAUGUGCUGAACAAUCCAAUCCCUAUUUAAGACUGUUAGGUCCCGAUUGAAUCAAUUGGACAUGUGGGUUUUGGUUACAACUAGCUGCAACUUUCCGAUAUAAUAUAAACACUUGCGUCAUUUCAUUAUCUAA